AUGCCUUCCCAUAUCCCAACCCGAGCCCAAUCCCCAAUCAAGGCAAAUUCUGCUCUGCCAGGCGCUUCUUCAGCAUCAACGUCCGGGAAGGCGCCGCCGCGGAACACUCAAUUAGAUGCAAAAGAACCGACAAGGCUGGAAGCGAGACCGGCGUCUCUCCGCGCCACGAGCGGCGCCUCUGCACGACUGCUCAACGACCCGUCAAAGCCUCGUGAUUCUCUCCUUGUCGAAAAGGCUAGCACAAUCAAUGCCGCCCCCCGUGGUGGUCGUCUAGUGCUCGGCCAUUCUACGAGCCAGUCAUCAAGUAACGCAAGCAAUGCAAGCACCACGCGUCCAGCUUCAAGCGUACCGAGAGUGGCAACCGCUACGGCAUCUUCGCGGCCGCAGCAUGCCACCUCGAUUAGAAGUCUAAGGGACGCACGAUUGCCAGUCGUGCGGGUGCAUAGCAGAGCCUCGAGUGCAUCGACGCGGCUCAGACCAAACUCCGACGCUCGGGCCGAUAGACCGGUGACCCUUGAUAUGCCCUCGGGAGGAGACGCGUCGUCUCCGUCUGUUAGACCAACUGUGAAACCAUACAGGAAACCCGAGUCCAACACCGACCAGCAACAUUAUAGUCCCAAGAAGGAGAUGACGGCAUCGACCACAGUCCACCCAGUCUCAGGCUUGGAUCCCCAACACGGCACUAUUCGCCCCGGAUCCGCAGGCCGCGUCAUACCUUCGAUAGAACUUGCACGCCUUGAAGAUGAAUUGCUCCAAUUGUCCAUUGUACACCAAAAGUCUGCGGCAACUUUCCAGAGCUACCGGGCAUCUAUCAGGUCACAACUAAAGACUGGGCUUGAGGGCGUAGAAGAUCAGCUAACCACCCUCAGGUCCCUGCGCCAUGAUCGACAGGCUAACAUUAACGCCGUCGCCUUAAGCAGGUGGCUCGACGACGAACGAGCAACAAAAGACGUAAGUCGUGCAGGAUCAGAUACCUUACUUCUCCUCGCACACUGCCUGGGGGAGUUGCAAAAGGUCAGCAGGGUGCAUGGACCUCUGGAAGCGGCCAUGAAGUUAUUUGACGAGUGGUAUGGCUACGCGUCUCCUAGAGGCUAUACCGGAGAUGGUUUUUUUCCUGAGGAACAUAGCGAGGGAAAAGGCUACCAUCUCCACCAAUUGGACCCGCAAUGGUCAGCCUUGGUGUCAUCUGUGGAAGAUCGAGUCAGAGCCUGUGCAGCUUUAUUGGCGAGUCUGCAGGGGCCGCUCAAGUCAUCGUCAAUUGGAUUAUUGAUCGAAAUGCACAGCUCAUUUGCCGACCAGAUACUGGGAGAGAUUUGCAUUUGCAGGACCAUAGAAGACCUCAUACUUCGAGCACAACAGGAAUGGCUUGCCAGGGCAGUAGAACAGGCCCUUUCGGACGUGGAGUUACAUCAUUCCGUAGACGUAGCACGAGACACCCCAAGGAGAGGUAUCUGGGACCUACGACCAAAGGAUUCUUAA